UACGACUCGGUGAAGUGAGGCUCAGUGUUGGGGGAUAUUUACGCAUAGGCAUGAGGAUCUUAUGCCUGAUAACGGUGAGUGGAGUUCGCUUCACUGAUCAGACAAGAUCAAGUUGUUGAUGGGAUCACUCUAGUCUCUCAUCCCAGGAUUUUAAUCUCCGGAUAACUCAGAACUCCAACAAAUUGCGGCUAAAUUAAUUAUCAGCGAUUAUACUAAAUUCUUCUCACUAUCCCUCAGUGUCCGACUGUUAUACCAGAUAAACUGUGAUCAUAAGUGUCUAAUGAGAAAAAUAUUAGCAAUGAAUUGUCGUGUAUAUCUUAGUGUUGGAGCCUUCCUGCUGGCCAUCGCAGCGGUAUCCCAGGCUGAUCACCAAAUUCAAGAAACUGCUAUCCGGGUGCCACGAGCUCUGAUCCUCCAGCCAGUUUCAAAAUUACGGGAAGAGGAGGAGGGACCCUUAGACUGGCUAGCGAAUAUUUUCCGGGGGAUGGUGUCCCCGAGGAAGUCCCAGCCCUAUCAGCCACCACCGAUGCUGGGGCCGAUUCGAAUCCCGGGAAUGGACGACGAAGUCUACAUAAAGCAACUGGACUCCCACCCCAACACCCAGAAUCGUGUAGUCGUCCGAGUGAUGAACCCCGGGAGGGGUCAGAUGCCAGGGCAGAUGGGAAUUUCAUCCUCGUAUUACACAUAUCAACCAGUGUUCCCCAUCGCCCCAACACGACAAGUCCCAAUGCAGUCAGCGGGAUUUGUUCCAAUGGCAUCACCAACUCCGACAGCCCCCUGGAGCCACCCCCAGUUCAUGCGUGGGCACUACCCCAUGAAUUACAACAAAAACAUGUACCCCAACAGUUAUAAUCAUCCUCAGGGCACAUACCAUCAGUAUCGAGCACCUCAGUCGCAUUACGAACCACCAUACAGUCCUCGCUAUCCGCAAAAUCCAUACGGCUCCUAUGAUUUUGAUAAUUCCAUAUCUCACGGCAGGGGCUCUCGUUACGGUGAACCCCUCAAAACAACCAAUUACCCGAUUUACCCACCCCUGAACGAACACCACCUAGAUCAUCAGGUCAAUAUCAAUCCGCAACAUCAUCACAAUGGCAUUGAUCAUCACGAGAUCAGGAAUGAAACGGAGAGCAGUGAAGAUGUGUAUGACAGUUCAAGGGAGAGUGCAUUACAAUAUCCAAAUGUAGAUCAAUCAAAGGAGUUAUUGUCAGAGUCCAAAGUAACCGACAAAUACAAGGAGAUUUAUCGUCCUGACAGGAUGGUUCCCACAAAUCCCACCUGGAGAAAUCGUUUCUGGACCAGAGCACAGAAAACCACGACGGCUUCACCCACGACUGAGCGUAGUGCCGACGAGAAGAAUCAGAAGUCGACGGAGAGUGUUAAAUUCAGUUCCACUGAGAUUAAGGAGAUUGUGGCCCCGGAUCUGAAGGACUGGAAGGAGCGAAAUGAGAAAAAUGAGAAGCGCGAGGGAAAGGAGGAAAAACGGAGAACUGACUCAAGGAUGGAUGAGGGUGAGGUGGAGAAAAAGGAUGGAUUGAUGUUGGGAAAAGGGGAGAGUCAGGAGUACAUGGAGAAGAGGUUUAUGAAUAUACGAUCGAUGGAAGGUGCUACUGAGAAACCAAGGGUUUACGAAAAAAUUCGUGGAAGGAAGAGGAAUAAUUGGAAGCCGAUGGAGCCAAAAUCCACGGUGUAUCCGGUUUAUUCGGCGGAGAAUCAGGAUCUUUCUCCCGAGGUCAGCACGGAAGCUGUCACUUCAGAACAGCGGAGCACAACUCCUGCAUUUGACAGGGUGGAAAACUCAACUGGUAAUUACUCUCGACAAAAUGAGGGCAAACGAGCGAAAAUGUAUCAACGAAAAUUAGGAAAGAGCAAUAGGAGGGUGAGAAUCGUGGAAAGCGUGAGUAGUUCCGUUUCUGUGACGAGUUCAAGGGGCAAGGGAAAACCAAAAUCGAGCUGAUAGAAAAUUGUUCAAUGUACAAAAAUGUAUUUCAUUUCUUCAAUCGUAGAUUAAUCUAUCGUUAUCGAAUAAGUCUUGUUGAUUUUUCCCUGUUGUUUACCUCUGGUUCUUUUUACUUUUCUUUCGUGAUAUUCUUUGUUGAGAAUUAACAGCCACAGCGAUGUGAGAAGUGUUCACUGUUAUUAAUUGUAUUAUUUCUUUUUUUUUAUAAAGACUAAUAAAUAAGAUUACCAUGA